AUGGCAGAAGAGGAAAAAGUAAAGUACAAUGUAGAAAUGCAAAAACACAAUGAGACAGUCAAGCCAAAUGAAUGUGUCAAUAGCGAAGAACAGGAUGCAACUUAUGAGAGAGUCAAUAAUGAAAAACAGAAUGCAUCUUAUGAGAGAGUCAAUAGUGAAGACCAAGAUGCACCUUAUGAUAUCGAUCCAUUCCCUCAAUAUCCUGAUUUCCAAUCAAUGCUUAAUGCACCAUUAUCUUUCGGUCCAUUUGAAUCCAUUUCACAAGAAUCACUUGAUAAUAAUUUUCAUGAUCAGAAAGUUAAUGCCAAUCAACAUGCUGCCAAUUCGUCUGUUUCAGUGAAAUACGAACCACUGAGUCCAACUUUGCCUGACGUGAAUAAUAACAUAUCUAAUACACUAUCGCAACCUCAAUGCUCUCCAAGUAAUCCUAUUCAUACCUAUGUUGACAGAGUGCAACAA